AUGAAAGACAAUACGGCGCGAUCAGUUACCCCAAUCGCUGCUACUGGCCUCUCUGGCAGCUUUGGCGCCUUUGGAGAGACAUUUGUACAGCCUCCCACUGCAGUGACAAAUGCAGGUGUUACCCUUAAUACAGCAGUACAACCAGCGGUUACCCCUGCCGCUGCCUCCUCAAAUCUCUGGCUCAUGGAUUCCGAUGGGCACAAUCCUCUCACCGAAGGUGCGUGGGCCCCCCAAAUCUCGGCAGCAGCAACGCACCAGCAAGCAGCAGAAAUGCAGCAGCUCGAACUCCUCAAACAACGACGGCAGCAGCAGCUGUUGUUGCUGCAGCAGCGACAGGCUCAGCAGCACCACAUGCAGGAACAGCAAUUGAGACAGCAGCUGCUUCAUCAACACACGCCCUUGCAGCAAUCCGUCAAUCCCCAAGUUCUACAGCACCAUUUGCAGCUGCAGCAGCUGCAUCAGCAACAACAGCAACAUCUUCAGCAGCAGUUAUUGCAGGGACACCAAAAUCAGAGGGGAUCAGAAGAACAGUUGGCGAGGCAACUGCUGCACCAACAUGAGUUGCUACAGCAGCAGGAGCUGUUGCAGCAACAGGGCUUGGUGCAGCAGCACGAUCUACUGCAACAGCAGGAAAUGCAGCAGCAGCAGCAAGAUCUGUUGCAUCAAGUUGUGCAGGAACAAGCAGUUGCAGCACAAACCAGCUCCAUGCAGGUCUCCUCUUGUGAGGAUCCCCAGAAGAAUCAGCAGCAACAACUUGUGCUCCUACAACACGAUGAGCAGCACCAACCCCAGCAGCAGCCGCGCGAAGGCGCCCCAGCCGCAGCGACAGCAAAUGCUUCCUCAGUCCCGCAGCAACAAGUGCAUAAACUCAGCAGCAGAAAUGGAAGUGGAAACAACGGCAAAAGUAGCAGCAGCAGCACCACGCCGUCCACUAGUCGCCCUUCAGACACAGCGGCACCCGACGCCCUUGGAACAGCCGCCAGCAGCAGCAGUUCUAGCAGCAUGACGAAGAGUGAGGCGGUUUCAAGGGCCUCUUUGCCCCGGGCCCCUCCGCUGUCGCUAACGUCCAAAGUGCCCCGCGGCGUGUGGUUCAACCGAUCGACGGGCUGUUGGCUUGCGUGUGUUUCGGGCGUUGGCAAACGCCUUCAUGUCUUUAGCUCCAAGCGCUAUGGCCACGAAAGGGCUUUCCAAAUGGCUGUCAACUGCAAGGAGGCGGACAGAGCUCAGGCAGCUGCCGGUGCGGCAGGCUCACAAGCGGGUUCGGGGGGAGUCGCAGAGGGGGGCCCCCACGACAUAUUUGCAACGUCUUCAGCACGAGGAUCAGCCUCGGCAGCUGCCGGAGGCAGCAGGAGGAGCAGGACCGCUAGCGGUAGAAGGCAGCAACAGCACCAUCCCCUUGCAAUGGGAAGUUCCCCGGGAAGGGGUCCAGGUGUUGCCGACACUGAGGUCCCCCCCGCGAUCCAGCAGGGCGAUGGAGAUGAUGAAGACGCACUAGAUUCUGCCACGGAUACGCGCACGGAAGAGAGUGCACAUCCAGGAGCUCUCAGCGAGCGCUCAAAGAGGCGUCGUGUCCUUUCCUGGCGUGGAGCUGAGGCAGCAGCCAACGGUCUGUACUCUGCUGUCGGGGUGCCCGAUGAAGGGGGCCUUCAGCGAGGCGGAGGGGCCCUGUGCAGCGGCAGCGGUUCCAUGAAGUCGCUCAACCGAACAGGCAGUGGGCUGGCUUGCGAGAGGUCUCGGGCUGAAUCUUUAUUGGACGGAGUGCCUAAAGGCGUUUGGUUCAACUCGCAUACCAAGUCUUGGACAUGCACCACCGCGGGCCCCAAACGGCAGCUCCUUGUCUUUUCGUCGAACCGCUUUGGCUUUGCGGAGGCACGCAGAAUGGCUAUUUCCGCAAGGCUUGCAUCUCUCAAGCUCGAGGGCCUCCCAGUGCCGCAUUGCCCCCUUCUCUACGAGACUCCUAUAGGCCUAGGAGCCCCUGGGGGCCCCCCAGAAGGAGGCGCAGCCCACGGAGGAGGCCCUGGGGCAGCGCUAGGAGGCCCCUCCGAAGGAUGGGGUGGCCUUUCCCCCCAUGAAGGCGGGGAGGAUGGGUAUGGGGGCACCCUGGUAGGAAGUUCAGGUAACCGGCGACGAAGAAAGCAGAAAGAUGGAAUCUCACAGUUCGUGAAUUGCAAGCUGAGAAGAGGCGAGGCAGAGGAGUACGGGCAUGACCCUUGGGACCCCUUCCGUACUGGCCUUCCGUUUGUUGCAGAGAAGCCGCAAGAUGCCUCCACAACAGGAGGAGGCACUGACGGUCUUCCACUGCGACGUUUAUGUGCCUCUGAGCGCCGUUUGUUGGAAGUUGGCUCGAUCGCUCUAGAAUUAUUGCUGAAGGAUUUGCUACGUCUCUGUGGGGAGGAAUUGGCGGGGGCUGCUGCCUGCUUUUCCUUCCCCAUCUUUGCUGCAAUCCGCAAGGCCCUUAACCGGGUGCAGAGGGCUUCAGACCCGCUUCACUUCCAGAGCAUAUUCAAAGCGCUGGCCGUUUGUAUGCGCUCCCAGCAGCUGCCCAGCCAGCUGACACCUAGGAGGCAAGCGGAACUUCUCGCUCGAGUGCUUGCUGCAGAAAAAGUGUACAAAAAAGAACAGCGACAACAGCCUAUUGGCGAUGCGCCUGUGGCUUCAACGACAGGAGCUGCUGCUGAAGCUGUUGGAGGAGCUGUUGCCGUUGAUGCCUCCGUGGUGGCAAACGGAGAGGCUGCAGCUGAACCUGAAGCACCACCGACAACAGUUUAUACACCAACAGCAGCGGAUAUAUUGCCAUCAACUGAGGGUGCUCCUGGUAGAAAGCGGGAAACCGAAGCCAUAUUGGGAGACUCUAAAAGUGCGAGAAUUGCUAAAGACAUGUCCAGCGAUGACACGUGCUCCUCACUGGAGUCUAGUGGAGUCGCACGAAACCAACGGGAGACCGAUCCAGAAACAAGGCAGACGACAGAGCGAGGUGCAGCAGCUGACACAACAGGCGAAGCAGCACCCCAAUCUCUACGAUCGCACUCGGCAGAUGCAGCUAGCCACCACGGUGUAACUUCAAUAGCAGAAGCUGAAGUGGUGGAAAGCGGAACUACAGGGGCCGCCCUGCCGGAAGCACCUUCGUUGGCAGCAGCAAUGCUGGUUGCAACGGCCGACAGUGGUGCACACGUUGAUUGUGGUGUUUCUGAUGCAGCACCACAAACACUGAAGACAGAAUCGUGCAGCACGUGGGAAUGCCCUGUGAGUGGCAUAGGCCAGGAGGGGCCUCCCAGAGGUAUCUCGGUGGACUAG